CACACACACACACACACACACUCUCUCUCUCUCUCUCUUUCUCUCUCUCACACACACACACAGAUUCAGUUCCCAUUCUCCUCAGUUUCAGUGUCCGCAGCUCCUGCUUCUCUUCUCCUCUCAGCCUGAAGCUCUCCUUCACCAAGGCACAGGUAUUUGCAUAAGUUCUUCUCGGCUGGAAAGGAGGGACAGGAGCGUUCAUUCAGCUGAUGAAGGAGACAGGGUGAGGGCGUAAUUCGGUUUGAAAGGGCAUCGUAAAUUAUCCUCAGACUCUACGAUCGAUCCUGCAGCGGAGGAGAAAUCCUUUUGCCCUGCUGCUCACACUGUAGUGUUGAGGAAACUACGUGAAGAGACGGAUCACCUCCAGAACACAGUCAUUCCUAACUGACGGCAUGGACCCCAGCAGCGCGCUUUUCCUCUAGAGCAGCAGCUGGCUGUUAGACAGCAGGACCAGGAGCGACAGACAGGUGCAUCACACACCGAGGAUCUCUCCUGUGGAUUUCCGCUUUAUCUCUGACCCGAUUCAGUCGUGUGUCAGCAGGAUAAGAGGAAGCUAACCUAGUGAGUGAGAAACCCCAGCCAUGACUGCCUAGCACCAGACUUCUGUCCCUGAGCCACCAGAGAGACCCUGACAAAGCCAUUACCUGUUUAUAGAGGAGCUUUGGUUCUGUCAGACCAACAGUGGCUCGAAACCACAGAGAAGAUCUUAAAAACUGCUCUGGAGGACUGACGAUCCUGAACCAUGCAUCUCACCCCCCAAACCCUCUCUUUCCUUUUCCCUUUACUUUUUCUUAUCUCUUUCUCUGUCCCCUCAAAUGCUGGUUCCCAUGACCUAUCCUCCUCCAGUGCCAACUGUUCCCAAGGUGAUGUCUGCUCUGAGGGUGUGAUCUUACCAGUAUGGAACCCCCAGAAUCCCUCAGUGGGUGACAAGGUGGCUCGUGCCAUUGUCUACUUUGUGGCCUUGGUGUAUAUGUUCCUAGGGAUGUCGAUCAUUGCAGAUCGCUUUAUGUCUUCCAUUGAGGUAAUCACCUCCCAAGAAAAGGAGAUCACCAUCAAGAGGCCCAAUGGUGAGACCUGCACAGCUACAGUGCGCAUCUGGAAUGAGACCGUAUCCAAUUUAACCCUUAUGGCUCUUGGAUCGUCAGCUCCUGAGAUCCUGCUUUCAGUCAUUGAGGUGUGUGGGCACCAUUUUGAGGCCGGAGAUCUUGGCCCAAGCACCAUCGUGGGCAGCGCUGCCUUCAACAUGUUUGUCAUCAUUGGGCUCUGUGUCUACGUGGUGCCUGAUGGUGAGACCAGGAAGGUCAAGCACCUGAGAGUCUUCUUUGUGACGGCGGCAUGGAGUGUCUUUGCCUAUGUGUGGCUCUAUGUCAUCCUUUGUGUGUCAUCCCCUGGUGAGGUGGAGGUCUGGGAGGCUGUGCUCACCUUCCUCUUUUUCCCCGUGUGCGUGGUGCAGGCGUGGGUCGCUGACCGCCGCCUCUUCUUCUACAAGUACAGUCGCAAGCACUACCGUGCCGACAAGAGCCAUGGCAUUGUGGUGGAGACAGAAGGAGGGGAUGAAGGAGUGAAGGAGACAGCCUUCAACAAAAUGGACAUGUUGGAGCUGGACGGCAUGGCAGCCCACCUGGAUGGAAUGCUGGGGGGAGAGGAUGGACUUGGAGGACGUGAUCAUGAGGAAGAGGCCAGGAGAGACAUGGCCAGGACACUGAAGGAGCUCAAGCAGAGACACCCAGAUAAGGAUAUGGAGCAGCUUAUAGAGAUGGCCAACUAUCAGUAUGUUAUUUCAUGGUCUUACUCUCAGGUGCUGAUGCAGCAGCAGAAGAGCCGAGCAUUUUACCGUAUUCAGGCCACACGGAUGAUGACCGGAGCAGGGAACAUUCUGAAGAAGCAUGCAGCCGAUCAGGCCCGGAAGGUAGUGAGCAGUGGAGAGACGCGGGAGCAGGAGGACGACCCCUACACCACAUGCCUGGAGUUUGAGCCUCCACUCUAUCAGUGCUUUGAAAACUGUGGCCUGCUGAAACUCACAGUGGCAAGGCAUGGGGGAGAUGCAGCAUGCACUGUAAAGGUUGACUAUCGUACAGAAGAUGGCACUGCCAACGCCGGCUCUGACUAUGAAUUUGCUGAAGGGACUCUGGUCUUCAAGCCCGGAGAGACCCUUAAAGAACUGACUGUUGGCAUAAUCGACGACGACAUCUUUGAGGAGGACGAGUACUUCUACGUGCACCUGAGCAACCCACGCAUUGUAGACGGGACCGAUGGCCACCUGGCGGAUGGGGGCGCUCCGGCUCUGAAGGCGGCUCUGGGAGAGGCUCACACAGCCACGGUGACCAUCUACGAUGAUGACCAUGCUGGAAUCUUCACGUUUGAGAGUGAGUCAACACGGGUCAGCGAGAGCGUUGGGAUCAUGCAGGUGAAGGUCCAGAGGACGUCUGGUGCCCGGGGUCUUGUCGCUGUCCCCUACCGCACCAUCGAUGGUACAGCCCGUGGCGGAGAAGACUAUGAGGAAACUUCUGGAAAACUGGAGUUCAAAAAUGACGAGACCAUGAAGAUUAUUGAAGUGAAGAUCAUUGAUGAUGAGGAAUAUGAGAAAAACAAAACCUUCACUAUUGAAUUGGGCGAGCCUGUUCUCCUGGAGAUUGGACAGAAACAUGGGGACUCCAAUGAGAACAAGCCCGCAGUAGGAGCAGAGGAAGAAGAGGUAGCUAAGAUGGGAUGUCCCAGUCUAGGAGACCACACCAGGCUGGAAGUGGUGAUUGAGGAGUCCUAUGAGUUUAAGAGCACAGUGGAUAAGCUCAUUAAAAAGACCAAUCUGGCUCUGGUAGUUGGAAGCAGUAGCUGGAGGGAGCAGUUUGUCAGCGCAGUUACCGUGAGCGCAGGUGAUGAUGAUGAGGAAGAGAGUGGCGAAGAGCGCCUCCCUUCCUGCUUUGACUACAUCAUGCACUUCCUCACAGUCUUCUGGAAAGUUCUGUUCGCCUUCGUGCCACCCACUGAGUACUGGAACGGCUGGGCGUGUUUCAUCGUAUCAAUCUCUUUGAUUGGCAUCUUAACAGCAGUGACGGGUGAUCUGGCCUCCCACUUCGGCUGCACCAUUGGUCUGAAGGACUCCGUUACUGCCGUGGUGUUUGUAGCACUGGGCACCUCAGUACCAGACACCUUUGCCAGUAAGGUAGCUGCUAUUCAGGACCAGUAUGCUGAUGCUUCCAUUGGGAACGUGACUGGCAGCAAUGCGGUGAACGUGUUCCUGGGCAUCGGUGUGGCAUGGACCAUCGCAGCUGUGUACUGGCGCAGCAAGGGCAAAGCCUUCUACGUGGACCCAGGCUCUCUGGCAUUCUCUGUCACACUCUUCACUGCGCUAUGUGUGGUGUGUGUGAGCGUGCUGCUGUAUCGCCGACGCCCCUCUGUGGCCGGAGGAGAACUGGGUGGCCCACGGACUUGCAAACUGGUGACAUCGUUGCUUUUCUUUGGUCUUUGGCUUAUCUACAUUUUACUGGCCUCACUGGAAGCAUACUGCCACAUUCCUGGAUUCUGAGACAGAAAUAAAGCAUGUGAAGAGACUUUAAGUUCACUUCUCACACUAGAUAAGCGGCUUCAUUAACGUUUUAGUAUUUAAAUGAACUGUGAGUGUCAUGUUCCACAAUUUUUCCCCAUUAAUCCUCUCGGUUCUCUAAAGAAAUACCUUACUGUGGAUUCUUUUGUCCCUUUGCCUUACUCUAAGAACUCUGAAAUUGUCUGUUCUAGUAACCAAUAAGCCUUUUUCUUCCCAUUUUUCCUGUUUGAGCCAAUUCCAUGCUCCUGUUUCAGAUAUAAGGUCAUGUGUUUAUGUUUUUCUACUCUUUUUGAAUUGCGUCAAGUGUCAGUAUUGUUAUUGUAUAAUUGCAGUUAUGGUAUUUUAAAAAGACAUUUGGACCAAGACAGACUGUCAGCGACUAACUGGAUAAAAUGAUGGCCUUGCUCAUACAUGAAGCAUGCUUCAAAAUGGAAGAAGCUCGUAAGAAAAUAGCAGAGAACAUGGACAGACAAUAAGCAAAUUCUUUGAAGGAAGAUGGACACUGAAAAAAAUCCUCAGUCUGGACUCACAAAAGCAACAUAAAAGAAAAUGAGACAGGUUUGAAAAUGAUUUGGAUGGUGCUGAAGAUCGCAUACUAUUUAAACCUGCAUGAGCUGGAUUUGUGGACCCCGCUGAUACCCAGUCAUACACUAAAGAGGAUUUCCAGCGAAGAGUUCCCACUGACACGAUAAGCUAAUUUAGUCCAAGGACGCAUUCUUUUUUUCUGAAUGGUUAAUCGUACCUGAAGCUCAAGCAUGCCGUGAAGAAGAAAGAGCUGAGCUAUGCUGUGAUGAUCUAUAUGGACAGUAGGAGGUGGCAUUUCAACAUGGCCACCACCCUCAACACGCCAAGGGGAGAAGUGUUACUAUGGAAAUACUGAACAGAAAGAGGAAAUGACCUUUGCCAUGUGUGUUCAGUGCAUGUACACACGCUCUGUCCCUGCUUGUCUGUCUACAGGAACUCACUGACUUUAUGUGUUCCAAAAUACAACUAUUAUUAUUAUUAUUAUUAUUAUUAUUAUUAUUAUUAUUAUUUUAUAUUGAUUACUUCGUUGUUGAUGUCCAAGUCCAAUGGUACUGUACAUUAUCAGUCGUCACUGUUUUUCUGUGGUCACAGUCAGUAUUUGUUACAGCUGGCUUUACUCUGUGCUGUGAAGAUAAAGUAUCUGUGACUAUUUGUAUAGUGAUUGAAUAGGAGAGGGAGAAAGAAACAGGGAAAGUUAUGACUACUUCCUCCUCCUCCUCCUCCUCCUCCUCCUCCUUCUUCUUCUCCUCCUCCUAUCUCAGUCCUCUGUAUUUCUGUUCUCAGAAUAGUCAUCCACCACAGAGAGGAAACGGAGACAGAGAAGAAAAAAAGAAAUGAGUGUGACAGAUUUAGUACGUGUGCAGAUCUUUAGCUAUUCUAAGUAGCUACUGAUGCCUGAUCCAUUGUUUUGAGUGAUAGAAUGCGUGCGUGGGGUAUUUUUAGCUAUUCCUGUUGCUAGGCAACCAUCGCGGAGUCAUUGUCUCAUGUGUGUGCUUGUGUGUGUGUGUGUUAAGCGCCUUAUAAGGUAGCUACUUUUCUUUCUGGCUGUCUGGUUGCUCUUAAUAAAUUGGAGUGCCAACCCAAAGCAUCCCGAUGAGGAAAUAAGUGUUAUAAUUGCAUUCCAUACCCAGAUAGCCAGAGUGUAUGUGUGUGUGUGUGUGUGUGUGUGAGAGAGAGAGAGACAGAGAGAGAGAGAGAGAGAGGUUUAAUCCUGAGUUGCUUGUGAUUUAAUAUUUAGAGAACCGAGUGAUUAGUCAUGUUUUACACACACAAUUAUAAAGUGUACAUGUUUGUGUGUGUGUUUGUGUGUAAGUGUGUGUGUGUUGUUGGCUUCUCUCUUCCUGGCUUCUUCAAUUUCACUUAGUUUCUGAGUGUCACAGAAUUUGUAUCUUGACAGGCAUGAAGAAGAGGACACACACACACACAUACACACACACACAGGUAUCUGUAAGAGGCAUUAACCUCUCACAGUGCAGACAUCAUUUUGACAUACCUUUGACACCCAGACACGUGGUUCUCAGCACUCCUCUCUCACUGUCUCUGCCUUUGUGCAUGGAUACACACAAACACACACACACACACACACACAGAUUUCCAUUCAUUCAGAAGUGAUUAUGCUGCCAUAAGGUUUGCACAGUAAGUGGUACAGAUUGAAUAAUAGACAGUAAAAUAGGUUAGACCACUUGGACAAUCCUCAUUAACACGAGAGAAGUACAUUUGUAACUUCCUUUGUGUGUUUGUUUAUGUACUUUGAUUCUACCAAUAUUUGUUUUUAGCAGUAAUUAAUUAGAUUUAUUUAUGUAUGAGUGGGUGGGUCUGUGGGGUGUAUUAUGUAUUUAGAUUUAAUGACGUGGAGCAUGUCCAAAAAAAAAAAAAGCAAAAAUAGCAAAUGGCAAAUGCCCCCAGGGAGCUAUUAUGUCAUGCAAUGUGUGUGUGUGUGUGUGUGUGUAUUAUCCAUGAAUUGACCAUUCCUGUGUAUGCGUUCAUGUUCAUUUCAUCACCCAGUCCUGUAUCUUUUAACAUUACUUGCUCUCUCCCUCUGCUUUUAAGCCUUUGAGUAUUUAAUUCAUUUCUCUUUGCUUUUAUUCACAACAUGUUCCCUUCCAAGAGUCACCAAGUGCUUUCCAUCUGCGUAGAUCUCAUUAAGAUUUUAUCCGUUUGUUUUCUGCCUUCUUGUUUGCCUGUUUAAUUUGAGAUACUGAGCUCUUACUCUGAGAUGCAGGUUCGUGCGGGAGCUGGUGUGUAUGUGUCAGGAUGUGUGUAGGUCAUUUAGAGACCUUGUCUGCUUGCAGCAUUUGCAUGUUUCAUCAUCUUUAACCUUGCUCAUCCUCAAGUGUGCUUUUAGAAAAUGUCAUCUCAAGAUAUUUUUAAACAUAAGUGAGUUAUGAAAGUUGUUUACAAAGACAUCAUACUUUCUUUUAAAUCAGAAUUAAACUUGAAACCCAUCCUGA